GAUAAGUCUCUCUCUCGCUCACACACACACGUCUCUGCUGUAGAUUGACUCUGACAGAAGAGUUUUCUUCCGUUUGGGAUGUUUAGAAUCACUGAAGUCUGGUGAAGUCCACGAGAAGACAUUGUUAAUCAGCAGAAGAACUGCGCACAGGGAAACGUUUGACGCUUUGACUCUUUGAUCUAUGAUGUGGCCCUACGGCAUCGGUCAGGUCAUGCUGCUAAUGACCGCCGCAUCCUGCGUGCUGAUUGGUCAUGGAAACUGUCAGUCAAACUCAUCCAACACUCUUCCGCUCUCUAAAGAGCCACUCUCUGAUCACCGUGGCGACCCUGAAUCUCUUGCGCUCCCCUUGGAUACGGCAAGGUCAGCCGUCAUGACCUCUGACCCCAAAACUGUCUAUCAAGUUGCCCGUCUAUCCAGCAACAGGUCAGCGGUUGCGCGUCGGCCAUCUUUGCCCCCAGCGUGUCUGAGGCAGACUUACAUCGAGGGUUUGUUUAAAUAUGUGAACACGGUGCUAUCCUGCAUCAUCUUCGUGGUGGGGAUGGUGGGAAACGCAACACUGUUGAGAAUCAUUUACCUGAACAAGAGCAUGAGGAACGGGCCCAACGCUCUGAUCGCCAGCCUGGCACUGGGAGAUCUCAUAUAUAUCGCCAUCGAUAAACCCAUCAACGUGUAUAAGCUGCUGGCGAUGCGAUGGCCCUUUGAUGACAGUGUGUUUGGUCUCUUUCUGUGUAAACUCAUGCCAUUCAUACAGAAAGCUUCCGUCGGAAUAACAGUUCUGAAUCUGUGUGCUCUCAGUGUGGACAGGUAUCGCGCUGUGGCGUCCUGGAGUCGUGUGCAGGGUGUGGGUAUCCCAGCAUCCACUGCAGUGGAGAUUGUGUGCAUCUGGGGGUUUGCUGUGGUUCUGGCCGUUCCUGAGGCCAUCGGCUUUAAAAUGGUCAGUUUCGAGUACAACAACGUCACCCUACGAACCUGCAUGCUGAAACCAGAGACUCCGUUCAUGACCUUGUACAGGGACGUGAAGGUCUGGUGGUUGUUUGGUUUUUAUUUCUGCGUUCCUCUGGUGUGUACCGCCGUCUUCUACACACUCAUGACCUGUGAGAUGCUCAGCAACAGAAUGGGUGAUCUGAAGUUCUCUCUGAAUGAACACAUCAAACAGAGGCGUGAGGUGGCCAAAGCCGUGUUCUCUCUGGUCCUCAUCUUUGCUCUCUGCUGGUUUCCGCUUCAUCUGAGUCGCAUCCUGAAGAAAAUGGUUUAUUUUCAAUAUGAUGUCGGCCGCUGUGACCUACUAAACCUGUUUGUGUUGUUGUUUCUGUGUGUCAGUUUUCUGUUAGUGUUUGAUUAUUUGAGCAUAAAUCUGGCAACCAUCAACUCCUGCAUCAAUCCCAUAAUCCUCUACUUUGUCAGCAAGAAGUUCAAGAACUGUUUCAGGUCAUGUUUGUGUUGUUGCUGUUAUCCGGGCUCAUUGUUAAGCUCUGUCGUGCCUCUGAACGUAACCAGUUUCCAGUACAAGAACCCUGAUCAACACGGCUUAUCAGACCGGACCGCUCUACGCAAGGACAGUUACAACUAAACCCUCAAGGUCACAGUGUUCAUAACUGAAGUCUUUAACAAUGAGAUAAAAAAAACUGAUAUAACAUAAUUCAUGCUCAGUUAUUGCACAGUAAAAACUUUCAUUCACUUUACAAAAAUGACGGAUACAUCAGAGUUUUGAAGUGUAGCUUCCUAUUGAACCUUUAAAGUCACCAUGAAACAGAAGUUGCGAUUGACCCGUCUCGUGACGUGUAUCAGAGUGAAACGGUUUCUGACAUUUGAAAAAAAAAUGUAGGGCGAGGCUUUAUUUGCCUUUCCCUUUUUGAUUGGUUUACUGUAAGUCAGACCAGGAGGGAAUGGCUAAAAACGUCUGGCCACCGGACAGUGAGUGUAGUCUGACCUCUUUUUUGUUGCUGACGUCAUGUGAUGAAGAGUUGUUGUUGAGAGGAGGAGCUUCACCUUUUUCAUUAAAGGUUACAAUUGCAAAUGAAUUUUGAAAAAAUAAUGGUGUGCACGGAUCAAUCAUUUAUAAUAAUCAAUGCAACGCUGUGUAAAACACUUUGAAUCUUUCAUGGUGACUUUAAGACUUGAGCAAGUAAACACUGACUGUACGUGAACUGAAGCUGAAGUUUAAUACACAGUGAAAUAUCAUAUAUAUAUAUUAUCUUAACACAGGAAUUUAGUUGGUCAAUUUACUAGACACAGCAGGGCACUGAUUCCUUUUUGAUUUACACUGUAUGUGUUUGUGAACUUUUUAGAAUAAAAUAUUAAAAAAUAAUUAUAUAUUUAAAUUUGAAAAAGUAUUUUAAAAGCCCAUUUCAAGAAGUGUUAUCUUCAUCAUGAAUUGUUUUCUUUGUUUAGUGGGAGGCUGCUAGAUGUCAACAUAGGUUAACAAGUGAAACAAAAAACAAAAAAAACUUCACGCACCUUUAGAUAAAAGUGAAAUAUUUCACAUGACAUUUGAACACAUUCCCACAAAGUUCACAGUUCAUGCUGAAGUUGUUUUUGUUUAUUGUGGCCAGCAGCUGUUUUGUUGUACAGAAUGAAAUAAAUGUGCUUUCUGUUGUGGCAGUUGUAAAUAAAUGUUUGGUGUCUGUUUA